AACAUGACACGCGCUGUGCGCACCUGUCUUACCAGCUCGAGCGCUACUCCUACGUCUUAGAGAAGCCUCGGUGAAAUCCUCUCCAAGCCUCAGAAAUGUCAUAUCGCAAACGGCCAGGCUUCUCGGACCUCCAUGCGUCUGUUUGUGUGUUUCCUCCGGCGCGCUUGGUAACGCGGUCACGAUGCAUCACAGGAAGUACUCACCUCCGCGCCACUGCGACGUCGGCUGGUCGCUAGACCUGCCUCAGCUCAACCGACUACCCACCUUUCGAACGGAAGGAGCCGAGCCGAUGGAGAAGAACUCACCCAAAGCCAAAUCCAGAAUGCGCAAUGCCAAGGUGAAAGUGAAGUCUCCACAGAGACCGCGCGUCUCUCCACACCCCGCGCAAAGCGACGCGCUGCCCAAGGCGGCGGAGAACGGAGGACAGCGGUCUAGAAAGAGGGGCUUCAAACCCCCGGAUGUCAGGACGAUAUUCGAACCUUCGGCCAAAGACCCGCGAGUCAAAGAGGAGAAAGGAGAAGGACACACGUUUUGUGAGGACGCGAAGUACGCUUGGUGCGAUGUGUGUUGCUCGUAUAUCUUUAAAGGUGGCUUGACGUGCACAGGUUGUAAAUACACAUGUCAUGCUCAGUGCCGUGACCAGGUGGCGCUAGACUGUCAUCAGAACGGAUCCAUUAAUGGCUGCCAGCUCAGCCCUCUCACUCAGGACCAUCUUAAUAACAAUCAGUCGUCACACAGCGAUGUGGAGAAAGAAAAAGAGCUGCGCACUCAUCUCACUUAUGAGGAGAUCAGACAGAAGGUCGAGAAGUACAACACAGAGUCACGUGACCACUUUAAAAUGACACUGAAUACUAACGGCAUGUACACAGGCUUCAUCAAGGUGCAGCUGGACCUACGGAGACCCAUCACUGUGAGGGGCGGCGGGGCAGGAGGGGUCAAAGGUCAGGAGGCGUUUUACCUUCCGCGUGGCUCCAUAAACACCCUGCACAUCAGCAGCACCAACACGGUGCGACAGGUGAUCGAAGCCCUGCUGAGGAAGUUCACCGUGGCCGACAACCCCGCCAAGUUCGCCUUGUUCAAACGCUUCAGCAGAGAAGACCAAGUGUACACCUGUAAGCUCUCAGAGGAAGAACACCCUCUCUUCCUGCGUCUGGUGGCAGGACCCAGUACAGAUGUGCUCAGCUUCGUCCUGAAGGAGCAGCAGACUGGUGAAGUCCUGUGGGACGCCUUCUCCAUCCCCGAGUUGCAGAACUUCCUCCGCAUCUUGGAUAAAGAGGAACAGGACCAGGUUUGUUCGAUAACUAAACGCUACACGGCCUACAGAGAGAAACUGCAGGAGGCCAUGAGAGCGACGGGUGGCCCGGGAUAAAGCCUGCUGAUCGUGAAGGAACUGCAGCACUGCUGCCUCUAGUGGUCACUGUGUGUAACGAACACUUUUUAGGGUGUCACUGUGCCAAGCAGACACCGGUCUCAGAAAUUCAGAGGAGAGCACUGAGCUCCCAGAAUGCACCUCAGGUGCCAUAUUUACUCAUCCACCCUCUUUCACACUUUCGUGUUCUCUGUUCUUUUACCUCUUGUGAACGAUGCAAAUGUGGAAAUCAGAUCUGGUUUUUAUUUAAUUAUUGGAUGCUGUGGUUUGUACAUAUUUCUGUUUGUUGUUUUAAUUUAUGUGGGUGAAUUUUAUUUUAUUUUUUAUUUUACUAAAAGAGUCUUAUUUUAUGGCAAAUAUACUUAUCGACCGGAAACAGAUGGGACUGGGGAUUUAUUUUAUUUUCUAUUAAAAACCAAAUGACAUAAUGUGCCCUACCAAAGAUAGUGUUGAUGUGCUGUUGACAAAGAGAUGACCUGAUGGCCACGUGAGACCAAACUGACAGGAAGCGCGUGUUUGUGACAGAAAAGAUAGAAUAUUGUAGGGACUGGAAAUGAGGAUGAAUCGAAGUCAUAUUCGUUAGUCUCCGAAUGGUUGGCUAAAAUGCAAAUAAAAGGCUUUUCAAAAGUAAGCAUUCUUAGGUGAUGUGCUGGGGUUGGAACCGAACGGAUUCAGGAAGUUGGCGAAGGAGCAUAGAGGAUGUUGGAAAGAAUGUGGGAAGUGUCAUGCAGCGGUUUCGACUGAUGUCAGACGGUUUUUCACAGUAAGCCGCGGCUUGAGUUUAAGCAGAAAACCAGUGAACGGUGCUUUUGCUGUUCGUCUCUCACCAACAACCUUGGAAAACACGUUAGAGGACAUCUUCAAGAUAAACAGCCGAACAGACAAGCGACGAAGAGUGCUCAUUUUGAAGCUACAGCCUAAAAAUAGUACAUUUAAGCUAGGUCGAUUGGUGUAUAUGUAUAAUCACACUGAUCUGAUUUACUGUACCAAAACUUAAUUUCACACGCUUUUCUUCAUUGCAUGGAGAUGUAGCCGAAACUGUUACUGUUGUGAGGUACAGUAAGAUAAAAGCAGACAGUGCUACUUUGUCUCAGCACAAAAGGUUGAAAUUUAUGACGGUGUUUGAAAUGAUACUUGUGUAUCAGUAGGUGAUUUUAAUAUGUAUACGCAUUCAUGUUUCUGUAUGCUAGUGCUGCAUGACGGUUUUUUCGGAUUGGUACUGCAACAUUGUUGUCUUAUUGCGACACACGCAUAGCGAGGUAGCGGAGCCUUGUGGUCAACUGCUGUAACUACAUCUCUGCAGUCUUACGCCUCACCUGUGUCAGUCCGUUGGAUUAUUUUAUUUUAAGAUUUAUUUCUUUAUUAUCGGUUUUAUAACCUCUAACCAAAGAUCUAGUUAAAAUGCAUAGUUUAAUUUAAGUUUGAUGCAAAUUGCCUGGUGCAAUCAGUUUUUACACCUCAGUAAACGGAGGUUAAAUUGUAGUAUCUAUCUUGUCUGAUGGUUUCACCAUGGCAACUUUAAUUGUAAACACUGGGGUGAAUAUAAAUUAGAGUAAUUAGUGUAAUUACUGUGUGAAUAUAACAUCACAACAGUCUCGAUAUAUGCAAUAGAAGAGGAUGUUGCAGGGGAAUAAGACCAGUAAUUUUCUAAAUGUUUUUUGGGCACUUUAUGUUUUAAUUCAGGGAAUUAUUUUGAUUUAUUAGUCUUCAUCAGAUGCCUAUUGUCUUCCACUGUUUAAAAACGACAUUGCAUCUUGUGGAAGCUUUUUUUUGUUUUUUUUUAAUUAAAGCUGUUUCAGUACUUGAUUUUAUUUUUAUUUUUUUUCAUAAACAAGCGUUUGUUUGUAGAGUAAGACUGUGAAUGAAUGUUAAACUGUAUUCUUGUGUAGUAAAGGGGUGUGGAUGUGAGUGAACUGCUUUAGUCAUUUUUAAUAUACGUGCAUGUGUUAUAUUAAUUCAUGCAUAUUUUAUGGCUGUUUUAGGACAUCACAGGCCAGUGCUGUUGAUCUUUAACAGCAUAGAUAAUUUAGAGAUCGCUCACAAAGCACUCCGCAUUUGCCAAAAAAUCUCAUUUUGUUCCACAGUUGUAAGUUACAUGCAUAUUCUGUCUUUAUGAAUGAUGUACGUUUCAUACAUAGAAGACACCAGAAGUGGCAUACGUCGUUUUUAAGAGUUAUGGACUAAAUAUGCAUAGGUAGAAUCCAGAUGUCAUGCAUUUUUGACUAUGAUGGAGGUUUUUUUGAUGGUUUGUAUUGUUACCCAUUGUGGCCUUUGUUGUUAAAGACCUGGUUUCUUUAAAUAAAGAUGAAAUGCUUCUCUA